AUGCCCACACAUCAGCGCUUGAUUGAUAAGAUGAGGAGACGCUCCUGCUUAGUUUUUUUGUUCUGUGGAAUAUUUUUGCCCGGAACCUUUGGUUUUCCACGUGCAAAUACUUCAAUUGAUUGUGAUUCUUUGUUACCAAACUAUGAAAAUGAACCGCAGACAUCCCCACCGCCAUAUAUUAUUGCUGUAUCUUUUGAUAGCUUUGAACCAGGAAAUGAAAUCCAAGUGACCCUAGAAGCCCUCAAAGAUGUUGGGUUUAAAGAAUUUAAUCUACAAGCUCGAGAAACAGGAGGAGAUGUUCCUGUUGGUACUUUUAAAAUUACAGAUCCAAACACAAAAGGCUUGGAAUGUCAUAACAUCACGAAUUCAGCAGUAAGUCAUGCAAAUUCAGAUCUGAAGCAAAAGAUUACAACAACAUGGGUUGCUCCAGAUGACAUUAGAGAUCUUCAGUUCAUUGCAACUGUUGUUCAAGAUCUUGAGAAAUUUUGGAUUGGAAUUGAAAGCAAAACUCUCACAUCUACACAUUCUAAGUCAGUUAAUGGGACAGGAAAAAGUAAGAGGAAGCUUAUGAUAGAAAUUGAAUGCAGCAAGCGUGGAGGGACAUACACAAGACAAGGUGGAUGUGUUGUGGUUCAACCCUCUGGUUCCUCUCAGAGCAGCUAUUCUAGUGGUCAGAGUGGAACUGUCUACACAAUAAGCAAGAGUGGAUGUGUUCCAGUAAGACCUGUUCUCAUACUUAUUUUAUUGUAG